GGCGCGGGUCUCGGAGCCUGUCCCAGGUGGAGCUUUCGUGUUGCGCUGCCGCCGAGGCCGGUGCGUCCACGCCCGGGGCGCCAGUAUUUAGAAAUGAUGGAAUUAGAUAUAGGAGAUGCUACGCAAGUGUAUAUAGCAUUCUUGGUUUACCUGGACCUCAUGGAGAGUAAAAGUUGGCAUGAAGUAAAUUGUGUAGGAUUACCAGAACUCCAGCUCAUCUGCCUUGUUGGUACUGAGAUAGAAGGUGAAGGGGCUCAGACGGUGGUGCCUAUAUCCGUCUCUGCUUCCCUCAGCCAUAACAGGAUAAGAGAGAUCUUGAAGGCAUCUCGAAAAUUGCAAGGUGAUCCAGACUUGCCGAUGUCUUUUACUUUGGCCAUAGUGGAGUCUGAUUCUACAAUAGUCUAUUAUAAACUUACUGAUGGAUUUAUGCUGCCAGAUCCUCAGAAUAUUUCCCUUAGAAGAUGACGUCAACACUUCUUGGUGCUUUUAUUGUUAAUGAGAGAUUGGAUUUGAGAUCCAUCAGCCUGCUUCAUCUUUUAUCUCAGAGACUGACUCAGAUUUUAUCUCAGGGUUGACUUAAUUGGUCCUAUUCCAUAAUUUUUCUUCCUGUAGAAUAAAAUUUUCCCAGGUCGAAGAAUUUGCAUUACUCACAAAUACAGAGUAGUUGCUACGGAACUUCCUUAACAGAUACUGUUUAAGUACAGCUGUAGGCAGGGUAAGUCGAAGUUUUCUUCAGGGGGUGGAACGUGUGUGUGUCCUCUGUCAUCCCAUUCUCGCUGCCACUGCUAGGUCAUUGUAGAAACCGCCCCUCCUUCCCUCCCUCAGCUCUCCCACUGCCUUUUCCACUCUAGCUGCUUGAGUGGCACUUCAGAUGCACUUUGACACUGAAGAGUUUACCUUUGCCUGCGUUUGCAUCCUUCAUAGAAAGUAGAAGAUUUCUUUCCAUUGGUUUAUUUUCCUGUUGUACUUUACCGCUUCUGUACUACCCUGUUUGGUUGACUUUAGCAAUAACUCUUUUUUUUUUUUUUUUUUUUGGUACCGGGGAUCGAACUCGGGUCCUUGUGCUUGCGAGGCAGGACACCGAACCGCUGAGCUAAAUCCCCAGCCCUUGGUUGACUUUAAAUCAGAACUAAUUAUGCUCAUAAAAAGUGUAAAUUUACUUCCCUGCAUUAACGGGAACCAGAGAAAUGCUGUCUACAAGAGUACUGGUCCUCCUUUCCAUUCUUACCACCACAAUCCUUGUCAUGUCAUAGCUAGGAGAUUAUAAGAGAGAGUAGGGGCAGUAUCAGCCCUAAAAAUGUUUUUAUUAGUUAGAGCCAGUUAUUCUACCUUUAUUGGAAAGUAUGAAAAAUUAUAUACACAAAGAUUUUCCAAGUAACAUUACCUUUAAUAGGCCAAAUUAAAAGUCACUUACAGUUUCAUGCAGCUGUCAGCAUGCUUUCUUUGGAAGGCCAAAACAUGAAUAUGUACUUUGUAUAACUGUCAAUACUGCUACUUGAAGCAUGAAAGCAGCUGUAGACAAAUGGGCAUGGCUGUGUUCCAAUAAAACUUUAUUUAUAAAUUUGAGGCCAUAGUUUGCUGUCCCCUAGCCUAGGUAAAUAGUCAAUAAUCAGAUAUCUAUGAAAGGUAUUGUUUAUACUCAUUAAAAUAGAUAAUGAAUAUGAUAAAAAACAGAAAAUGUUAUCUUAAAUAAAACUAGCAAGAUACAAAACAUAAUAAAAAGAUGGCAAAGGAAAUCAAAUUACCUGUGGUUAUAGUAGGCCAGUAGGGCAGAAAAUAGAUGACUUUGUCUCUCCUCAGUAUUGCUUUUUUUCUUUGUACCGGGGAUCAAACUUAGGACUUUGUGCUGAGAGGCAGGCAGUGGC